AUGGACACGCUUAAAAUUGGAAAUAUUCUCGAAAUCGCCCAAGACCUCAUAAAAAACACGAUUCUAGAUAUUGAGAAAUCUACCGAGCGCACCGAUCUCAUGGCCCUAGUAAGUUUUUUUUAAUUAUUUCAUUUUUUUUUAAUUCAUCUAUAUUUAAUAAAGCUCGUUUAUUUUUUAGAUUGCUGAUAUAAAAAUCAAUCUUGGUAUCAUAAACGACGACCUACUAAAACCUAUAAAAGACAACUUGGCGCAAACGCCAAAAAACAUCUUGCAACUCAAGGAGCCGUGGGCUCCAAAAAAGUUGGCUGCUGUGCCAAACAAGAAGCCAGUAAGUUUUUAACAAUCUUUUUUACAAAUCAAUAAAUUCUUUUUUAUUCAGUGGCUCACGCCAAAAAAACCGCGUGAGCACGUUGAAUUGCCAAGAAAGGUGCGAGGAAGGAAGAUGACACUGCUAAAGAGUAUAUCGAUGAGCAUCCUCCAUCGACGCUCUAUUUCUGAUCGAGCCGAAGCGGAGAGUGGAUUCUUAAUCAGAUUUCACGAGUUCAACAGAGCCGGAGCGACCUUCGACUAGACGGACGAUUGAGAAUUGAGGUGUAUAUGAUGAGCCGACCUGAAUAAAGGAUUUCUCUCUGGAAAAAUGAGAUAGUGCUUUAGGGUCAACCGGGUGUUUUCACAACCAUCAAAAUGAUUGUGAAGGAUCAAUGGCGAGGGUUAUUGAAGACGAUAUCAAUAGGUAUAAUUUUUUUGAACACCGAUAUAGUGAGGAACGGAAAUUUGAAAAUAAUUGAAGAGAAGAAAAAGACUUGGUUAUCCACCAAAUCAUCGGUAAAGAAGAAAAUAUCUCUAAACUGAAAAGGAACAACGUUUUUUCCAGAACAAGGUGCAAUCGAAUUUAGCCAUUCGAGCACGUUGGUUUUGACAAAAACCAAGUGAUUUUUGAUGUCAGUGACUUGCCAAAAAUUGCUGAAAAAUAUCCUGAAUAUCGGAUAAAUCUAUACAAAAGAGACCCGAGGAAGCACUGUUGGAUAUUAGACGAGAAACAUGUGUACAAUUCAUAUUGCACGCAAAAGAAUUUGAAUAUCGGGUACCAUGAUGGAAAAUUCGAUUGUCUACUACAACCAUCACUUGGAAUUUGUGAAUAAAGCGUUAGCUGUCCACAUUGUGCUGCACCAUUGGAAUUACGACUCUACAAAGAUGAACCACAUAGCUGUACCGAGAAUAUUUGGUGCCGACGUUGCGUAAGAAGAGUUGGACCUAAUCAUAAUUGUUGUUGGCAACCAACCUGAGAUUGGAUGGGCGGCUUAGAAUUGAAAUGUAUAUGGUCAACCUUCAAGACAAAUCAAAUAUUUCAAAAAAAUUUUUUCUAAUGGUUCUUUAAGAACAGUAACUGUACUGUUUUUCAAAGUUUCAAAAGGUAUGAUCAUGUUCACUUUGUGAAAUGUUGUUUGGAAAAGUUCAAAGUCAAUCCAAAUGCACUUUAUCGAGGUACAAGAUUGAUAACCGGCACAAUAAAGAGACAGAGAGCAAGGAGGAAUGAGCCAGCCAAACACAACACAAUUCAUUUGAAGGGUUCACUCAAUUGGCUUCAAAUGAGUCUUGACAAACUUCCAGCCGCAUUUGGUUUUGUGGACGAAGUCAAAGGCUUCUUCCCAUAUAAUCUAAACAUGCCUGAAAAUAUUGUGGUAAAAAAAGCUCCUGAUAUUCUACUAAUAUUAUCGAUCAAGUUGGAGUUCGACGAAAAUGGAAUAAAAUAA